AUGAAGCAGGAGAUUCUUAAAGGCAUUCGUUUUAACAUUGGAAAAGGAGACAAUAUCCUGUUUUGGGAAGACGUAUGGAUGGGUGAUCAAGCUCUUAAACAUGCUUUUACAGACAUCUAUCACCUUGCCCCAAACCGGCUUAUCUCAAUAGCCGACAACUAUUAUCUUCAAGGGAAUGACAUUGUAUGGAACCUGUCUAUAAGAAGAAAUCUCCGAGACAGGGAGAUUGAAGAGUAUGCAGCUGUCCUAUCUUGUAUUAGCACCGGUAAACCAGAUCAGACAGGCAUGGAUAGGUCAGUGUGGAAACCAAACAAAUCGGGCUCCUUUUCAGUUAAAUCCCUACAUAACUUGAUUUUCGGGUUUCCGGAUGAUUUAGAAGAGACAAUGAUGGAUAAAAUGUGGAAAUACAAGCUUCCUCCGAAGAUUGCGGUCUUUGCCUGGUUGGUCGGUGGAGACACCCCACCCUGGUCAAUAUCUUGA